GUGAAUAAAUAUAUAUAUAUAAUAUGCCCAACGUUUGCCACAGCGACAGCAGCAGCAGCAACAAGGAGUAGGGCUAACUGCUGCCUUACAUUUCAGUCAGCCACUAAUACAAUAACCGCAGCAACAGGAAGUGGAACAAACAACAACAACAACAACAAGCAGCAACAUCAAUAAGGAAAUAUUAUUAUUGUCAACAGCAUUUGGGUGUAUCAAAUCGAAAUCUGUUGCCAUGGGUCGCAAAAAAAUUCAGAUUUCACGCAUCACCGAUGAACGCAAUCGACAGGUGACCUUCAACAAGCGCAAGUUUGGCGUUAUGAAGAAGGCCUACGAGCUGUCCGUGCUGUGCGAUUGCGAGAUAGCGCUGAUCAUCUUCUCGUCCAGCAAUAAGCUCUAUCAAUAUGCCAGCACCGAUAUGGAUCGUGUAUUGCUCAAAUAUACCGAAUACAAUGAGCCACACGAAUCGCUAACUAACAAGAAUAUCAUUGAGAAGGAGAACAAAAACGGCGUCAUGUCACCGGAUUCACCCGAAGCGGAGGCCGACUAUACGCUAACACCCCGCACCGAAGCCAAAUACAAUAAGAUCGACGAGGAAUUUCAGAAUAUGAUGCAGCGCAACCAAAUGACCAUUGGCGGUGUUACGGGCGGCGGCGGCGGUGGAGGAGGUGGCGGUGGUGGUGCACCAAAUCGACCCAUGCCAAAUCCGAGCUACACGCUGCCAGUAUCGGUGCCAGUGCCGGGCUCCUACGGUGAGAAUCUGCUGCAGGCCAGCCCACAAAUGUCCCACACAAACAUCAGCCCACGUCCAUCGAGUUCGGAGACGGAUUCAGGUGGGAUGUCCUUAAUAAUCUAUCCAUCGGGUACCAUGUUGGAGAUGUCAAACGGUUAUCCACAUUCACAUUCGCCGCUUGUGGGAUCACCCAGUCCAGGUCCCAGUCCUGGCAUAGCGCAUCAUUUGCCCAUUAAACAGCAAUCGCCGGGCAGCCAGAAUGGCAGAGCUUCCAAUUUGCGUGUCGUAAUACCGCCCACCAUAGCGCCGAAUAUGUCAGCGACAGCGGACGAUGUUGCCUAUGCAGAUCAGCGCCAGAGCCAGACGUCACUGAAUACGCCGGUCGUGACGUUGCAGACACCGAUGCCGCCGCUGGCGAGCUAUACGUUUGGGGCGCAGGACUUUUCGCAAUCGGGUGCCAUGAGCGCGGAUAUAAUGGGCCUGCCGCAGUGGCAUCAGGGUCUCGUGCAGCACACUAGUCUAUCGCAUCUGGCUGUCUCGAAUAGCACACCGCCGCCCGCCAGUUCGCCCGUCUCCAUCAAGGUCAAAGCGGAACCGCAAUCGCCGCCACGUGAUCUCUCGGCCAGCGGUGGCGGCGGUGGUGGUGGUGGUGUCCAUCAGCAUAACAGCAACGGGUCCACGGGCAGUGGCUCUAGCAGCAGCAGCACCAGCAGCAAUGUCUCAACAACGGGCGUCCUAACAGCCAUCAAUGCCAUCACACAGUUGGGCGGUGCCGGGGUUUUAACGCCCGGCGGCGGCGGUGGCGGCGGCACGAAUGGCAGUGCGGAACAGGCCACCAAUCUAAGCGUCCUAAGUCAUUCGCAACAGCAUCUGGUCAUGCCCAAUUCGCGGCCCUCCUCAACAGGUCACAUAACACCGACACCAGGGCAUGAUAAGUAUGAAGGAUAUCCGUACCGCGCGCUUAUGGGACAUAAUCCUAGAUGGAAUUUUGCCGAUUUUAUUAUCUUAAACGCAGGUGCGCCCAAUGGCGAGCAGGAUGUGCGCCUACAAGCGGUUACUGUGCAGCAGCAGCAGCAACAACAGCAACAGCAGCAGCAACAGCAACAACAGCAGCAACAACAGCAACAACAGCAACAUCAACAACAACAACAGUUGAGCGACUACGAUGCGCCCAAUCACAAAAGGCCAAGAAUAUCUGGCGGCUGGGGUACAUAGCCGGCACGUGGCGC